GUGAUUUACAGUCAGUACGGCUCCGCAGGAAUAAAGAGCGUAUAAGAGCCGCGGCGUCUGCGCCUUCAAACUCCCCAACUCAUAGAUACGACUUUUCUCCACCUCAAUCUGCAGCCAAUUCGAUUAAUGUCAUCCGACCUCGCAGCAACCUACGCAGCCCUUAUCUUGGCUGACGCCGACGUCGAUAUCACAGCUGAGAAGAUUCUGACCCUCACCACCGCUGCAAAUAUCGAGCUCGAGCCCAUCUGGGCGACGCUACUUGCGAAGACGCUCGAGGGCAAGAACGUGAAGGAGAUGCUGUCCGCGGUGGGCACCGCUGCAGGACCUGUCCUUAAGCCGGAUA